GUUCAUCCGCAGUUGACUUUAAUAUAACGGAGUGAAAAAAUAUUGAAUUUUAAUCAUGAAAUAAGGAAAUUAUCAAGUAACAAAUAGUUUCCCUAAUAAAUUGGGACUUGGUACUCUUCUCACUAUGGAAAUACUCAAGUUAUUAAUAGUUAUGUUAGAGUUUAUUUUAUACGUAAAAGCAUGGUCGAAUUCGUUCGAAAAUAAUGACGGCGAUGGAAAUAUUCCGAUAGGCAUUAUAUCCGAUGAAAAUGUGGAAGAGUUGCGGGUAACUUUUGACUACGCAAUUACAAAAGCCAACACCAAUCUCGGUAUACCAUUGGUAGGAAGAAGCGAAGAAAUUAACUUUGGCGAUUCAUUACAAGGGUACUCAAGAUUAUGUAAAUUCAUGCAGAAUGGAAUAGGUGCCAUUUUUGGUCCUUCUUCGCGUCAAACUUCAGCACAUCUGCUAACAAUAUGUGAUGCCAAGGAUAUCCCCUAUGUAUACCCGCAUAUGAGUGAGCAUUUGGAAGGCUUUAACCUUUACCCACAUCCAAUGGAUUUGGCGCGCAUACUCCAUGAUCUUAUCAACGUAUUUGAAUGGACACGGUUUAUUUUUCUCUAUGAAUCUUCUGACUAUUUAAGCAUAUUAAACGGUUUAAUGUCGUUUUACGUCAGUGACGGUCCGGUCAUUAAUGUACUACGGUACGACCUCAAAUUGAACGGAAACUACAAAGCGGUCCUACGACGCGUGCGCAAGUCGGAUGAUGGACAGAUUGUGGUGGUAGGCUCAACUCCGUCGGUAGCCGAGCUUUUAAGGCAGGCACAGCAAGUUGGAAUCAUGAAUGACAAAUAUUCGUAUAUUAUAGGCAAUCUAGAUUUCCAUACUUUUGAUUUAGAAGAAUAUAAAUAUAGUGACACAAAUAUAACUGGCAUACGCAUGUUCUCACCAGAUCAGUUAAUUGUCCAGGAACUCAUAUCGCAACUAGGCAAUAACGAGAAUGACCAAAUAGACAAUGCAGGUUUAUGUCCGAUAACUUUAGAAAUGGCAUUGACGUAUGAUGCAGUUCAAGUAUUUGCCGAAACUACAAGGAGUCUCAUAUAUCGUCCUCAACCGCUAAACUGUUCUGAUAGCAGCGAUCUCGUGCAGCCAGAUGGAUCAACAUUUCGAAACUACAUGCGCUCGAUCAAUAUUCGCGAAAAUACUAUCACCGGUCAAAUUUACUUUGAGGGCAAUAUACGUAAGGGAUAUAUCCUCGAUGUUGUAGAGCUACAAUCAAGCGGUCUUGUUAAAAUAGGCACUUGGGACGAACGGAAUAACUUUACUCUUCAACGUCCACCUCAAAUAGAGUUACCAAGCGAGGGAGAUGCCGAUUCCUUAGUGAACCAAACAUUUCGUGUUCUGAUUUCAGUGCCUAACAAACCUUACGCAAGUUUAGUUGAGAGUCACAAAAAAUUGAUUGGCAACAAUCAGUUUGAAGGAUAUAGCAUAGAUUUGAUAAAAGAAUUGGCCGCAAAAUUAGGCUUCAAUUAUACUUUUAUAAAUGGCGGUAGCGAUUACGGCGGUUUUAAUAAGACAACUAAUUUAACGUCGGGUAUGAUGAAGGAGAUCAAUGAAGGCGUAAGUGCUCAGAAAUCUAUAAAUGCUUAUUUGUGCCCACAAGUCAUAACCGCUGAAGUCGGGGGGUUGGCUUCAACAUAUUGCACUUUUCCGAUUAAUUUUUUGAAGAUACUUGUUUGGAGUGUUGACAGAAUAUGACUGGCAUCAUAUUUAUUUCAUUCACAUUUAUUUGCUAAGAUUUGCCCAGUGCGUCAUUCACAAUCGCACGCAGCCGGCGCAACCCAGCCUGGCUACUGGAACAAGACCGGUUUACCCCAUCAUCACUACCAGUGUUGCCGGGAUAUUCCGAAGAAAUGUAUCAUAUUUAAU